UCGUUGGCUCUCGUUUGGCAGAUGGGAAAAAUGAAUUGAUCGAAAAGAAAAAUCUUUGCCAGGAUUAUUCUGAAUGAUGUCAUUUGAGUGAUCUGCGAUCGAUAAAAAGUAUUAGUUUUGUUUGUUUGUAAUAUAUUUUAGUUAGAAAAAUGGCUUCGCGUGGUGGUGUUAUGGUGACUGGUACGAACGGUGCCGAUUUCGAACACAGAGAGAAAAUAGCAGCACAAUAUCAGAUUAGUGCUCUAAACAAGUCUCGUCUGAAGUAUUGCGUGUUCUUCCACCACAUCAUGUUCCUGGUGAUGCUGGCCAAGCUCUCCGCAGACAUACUGGACAAACUCGACAUAUUCAUACUGGAGAUUGAAGAACUGCAGAUUCCACAGCCCCUCUGGUGGGAAUACAUAUGGUGCCUAUCCCUGCUUCUCUCGUUCCUGGGUCUAUCAGCGAUCAAACGUAACAACAUCCGUCAGCUCAGACGGUACAUAUACGGCAUCACAGCGCUAGGCUUCGGUCCGUUACUGUACUGUGUGUUAUACUACUGUGGGGAUGUGUGGAGGUAUCUGACGAUGGACGAGGAUGAGGAUGACAGCAGUGAGGUGGACAUUGAGCUCUGGCAGGGCUACCCCUACGGUCUCCUGUGGUACGCGUUCGUGCUGCUGGCAUCGCAGAUCCACUUCUUCCAGCUGUACUUCUCCUACAACCUGCUGAAGGCGUGGCGUGCCAGGGGGGCGCUGAGGAAAGCCGACUAGACUCCACAGACAGGUCCGCUUUCCUCUGACCACUGCCCAAGUGAAUGUCAGCGUCUAUGGAAAUAGUUGUGAGGUGAAACCGAAAUAGUUAUAUUGUUAAGAACUGAAUUUUAGAAGGAUUUGUUACAUGACAAACUGGGGUUAAACUUGUUGUAGAUCAUUUGACGUUUUUAUAGCACAAAAAUAUUAUGUUGAUGUUCUUGUUGGUUAAUAUUGCUUAUUUGAAGUUGGCCAUUUGACGCCUCGAGCAUGUGCUUUAGUGCAUUUUGACUAUCAUGAAGUCAAUAAUAGCUAACUUCAGACAAGUAAUAAAGUGCUGGACAAGACCUGUUAUUAUUAUUAUCACGUAAUACCUAGUGGUUGUUAUUGUGAUUCCUGGAGAGAAUCUAAUAUUAUGGACCCAUGUAGCUAAAACAUUCAACUAAAUUGCCGUAAAAUUAAAAAUGUCGUAAUCUACUCGACAUUUGAAUGAUUUUUGGCCGUCCAUUUAUAAUACUCUAAAUAAUUUAAGCCUUUGACUAUAUUUUACUUCGACAAGUUAUUUUUUGUAGUAUUUAUUCUGUUCACCUGUAUUUAGAUAAUAUAUUCGAUAAAACUACACUACACAUUUGUGUUCCGAUAUGGAAAUGUACUUAAAUACUUUUAAAUUGGUUAUCAUUAAAAGACAAUAGCCUAUUGUUUAGAUAGAUUGACGUUUGAACGCGCUCGUGUUUUCAAUAAAUAAAUAAUUUAUUUCAUUAACAUAACAUUAUAUAAAUACACGACAUAAUAUGGGCUUAUUAUGUCAUCCAAGUAGAUAAUUUUGUGAAAUAUACGUUGAAAAAGUUACUUUGUGAUAAAUUGAUCAAAAUCCAACAAAGUGAUGCAUUUUUCAACGCAGCAUUUCAUUUAACGCAAUAACAAUUGUGCAAUGUAUUAAGUAUUUAAGGAAAGAAAAUGUAAUUCAAUGUCUAUUUUAGAUAUUUGGUAGUUUUUUUAUAGUCAUAGAUUUGAAGCGCAAAUGACAUUUUGAUGACGACUGGGUUUUACUCAAUUUUUGUAUGGUUGUGUUUUAACGCCCCAAUAAUAAUAGUAGAAUAUAAAUGCAACAGAAAAUUAAGUGUAAUCCAGUCGAAAAUAUAUUUUUCAAUCCAUAUUUAACAUACUCAGCACUGUAAAUAAAUACUUACAUUGAUGUUCUAGAUUCUAGAACGUAAUUUGAAAUUAAACGAACCGUUUGGUGUAUUCAAAAUGGCGGCUUUUAUCAAGAUGGCGGGUAAAAAGCUAAAUAAAAGUAGUGCAAAAAUUUGACUGAAUACAUAGUUGAAUUUUACAUAGUUUUAAACAAAGUUACUUAUGCUAAGAGUAAGUGUGAAGCGACGUUAUUUAUUAGUUACAAUAUUAUUUUAUAACUAAGAUGGUAGACAAUUGAGGUGCCACGAUAGAAUGAGUUUUUUUUUUUAAAUAAAAUAUUUAAACGAAUGUUACCAUAUAAUAUGCAUAUUCUAAAUUAUUAAUAGUCUUGAACUUUGCGUUUAAAAUGCAUUACGUCUUGUCAGAUAAAAUUAAUGGGAGAUUAUCUUCUGUUAUCAACGGCACCAAUAAUUAUGGCACGACAAUUAAUCAAAAUAUAACAUUCUUUUAUACGUAAAUUAUUGAUUACGAUUUUUUCUCGAAAAGAGAUUUUUGUGGCCCUUACAUUACUAAAGAUUAAUUUUAAACGCAAAGUAUCGACAAUCGGCCUACCAGACACAAUGUAUAAAAGUGUAAGGAUGUAAAUAAACAAUAUUAUUACGUUUCAGUUCAAUUUAUAAUAGAUUUAAGUGUUUGUUUGUUUUCAAAGUUUUCCCUUGGUCUAUUUGUUUUUUAAUAAUAAAACAUUUUGUAAAA